UUUUUUUUCUUGUUCUAAUUUUUUAGGGUAAAGAUUGAAUAGAGUGAAGAAUUUUGGGGGGAAAAGCCAUGGAUAAAGAGAAAUUGGAACAAUUGAAGGUUGAAAUGCAACAAUGGUUACAUGCAGCUGAAGAAUUCAUCAAUCAGAUACCUCCUGUUCAACUUUAUACUGCUAUUGGAGUUGUAUUAUUCACUCUCCUUUUAUUGUUAAUCAUUCGCUUGUUCAAGCGUACAGCAUCUAACACCAUUGUACUCACUGGGCUUAGUGGAAGUGGCAAAACAUAUCUUUUUUACCAGCUUAAAGAUGGUUCAGCCCAUCAGGGUACCGUGACGUCAAUGGAACCAAAUGAAGACAGUUUUGUACUACACUCUGAGAAAGACAAGAAAGGGAAAUUGAAGCCUGUUCACGUUGUUGAUGUCCCAGGGCACUCUCGUCUUCGGCCGAAAUUAGAUGAGUUCCUGCCUCAAGCAGCUGGUGUUGUGUUUGUGGUGGAUUCUGUGGAAUUUUUACCCAACUGCCGUCCUGCUUCAGAAUACUUAUAUGAGAUCUUGACAAAGGCAAGUGUAGUCAAGAGAAAAGUUCCAGUACUCCUCCUAUGCAACAAGGUUGAUAAAAUAACCGCACAUACAGCAGAAUUCAUCAGAAAACAGCUGGAAAAAGAAAUCGACAAGCUUCGUACAUCAAGAACUGCAGUAUCUGAUGCAGAUAUCUCUAACGAAUAUACGCUUGGUGUACCUGGAGAACCAUUUGCUUUUUCUCAGUGCCAUAACAGAGUAAUUGUUGCUGAAGCUUCUGGUUUGACCGGUGAAAUUUCGCAGCUGGAGAAGUUCAUUAGGGAGAAUGUCAAACCUUGAUAUAGGUUUCAAGCAAACUGGUGCCCGGUUUUAAAUCCCUUUAUCUUCUUUUUUUGGUCCGGGAAGCUCAUUAUACUAUCAAAAGAUGGAGAAGAAACAUCAACUUGGAAAAACAUAUUCAAAGUAGGGAUAAGAGUUUGGAGAGUUUUCUUCAUCUUUCAAUAUUAAUCCACCUAAACAUUAUGUUUGUUGUGCCUAGAAUAUCUUAUCAUUGGAUUUGAUUAUUUUAAUUUUAAGACAAAGGACUUUCCUGUGCA